ACGGCCCAUGACAUAACUUCUACUGCCAGAUCACAUCAGUCUUCAAUCCAACAAAUAUUGUGGCUCAACAUGUUUCUAGGUGCACCCAUUAUCCCAAAACCAUCAAACACCAUGUGGAUGAAGAUAAUUUGAGUAGGGUUUUAUUGAUGGGAAACCCGAUAUAUGCGAUUCGUUAUUUUGCACGCCAUAUGCUUGAUGAAAUGCCAAGUAGGGAUCUUGGGCAUGUUCUUUAAAGAAAGGUGCACCAUGAAUCAAGAGUAUUCAUCAUAUGAUCAUGAUACAAAGACUUGUAUAUACUAGAUCCUGAUCAUGGAUUGUCUUAUGCUAAAAUUUUGUCCAAGGUUUGGAUGAUGGGGUCUGUAAAUCUUGUUUGAUGAAGUGAUUCCGAAGUUGAUUGAGCUUAAAUGUCAGUGUUUUCAGUGCUUCAAGGUGCCAUGGGAGGAGCUGGUUGUGAAUCUGCUGUUGAUGAGGUUUGCAAUCAUGGCUUCACAACUAUUUUGGCUCAAGAAGGAAUUCACCAACUCUUAUCUGGUGAACAAAAGGUACCGUUACCAUCGGGUGAAGACAAGAUGAUUUGCUUAUUGUUCUCUGCAAACUGGAGUCGGCCGUGUAAGGCUUUUAUUCCACAAUUGGUGCAAGCGUAUAACGUGCUAAAAGACACCAGCCGAGAGCUAGAAGUUAUUUUUGUAUCCUUUGAUCGAGAUGAAAAUGGAUUUAAAGAACACUCUAAGACCAUGCCAUGGCUUGUGGUUCCAUUUGAUGUCAAAUUACAGAAGAUUCUUGGAAAUCUGUACAAAGUUAAUCAGAUCCCAUCGUUUAUACCAUUGGGUGUUGAUCCAAAAGUGCUCGCAAAAGAUGCAGUCGGGUUGAUAAAGGACUAUGGUGCCGAUGCAUUUCCCUUCACCAAGAAAAGCCAUGAAGAGUUGAAGGCUAUCGAUGAAGCAAAGCGUCAAGGAGGGAAGUUGGAUGAACUUUUUAAUGGAACUAAAAACUCCUUUAUCUCCAACAAAGGUGUAAAGAUACAUCCAUCGGAGCUUGUUGGCCAGACGAUAGGUCUAUACUUUGGUGCACAUUGGUGUCCACCUUGUCGUGAUUUCACCACCCAACUCGUUGAAGCAUAUAACGACAUUAUCAAGAAUGCAAAUCAAGAAUUUGAAGUCAUUUUUAUCUCAACCGAUAGAGACCAUAAAGAGUUUGACCUCAGCCUAACCAAGAUGCCAUGGCUAGCCAUCCCUUUCGAUGAUAAGUCAAGGCAAGACCUCUGUAGGAUUUUUGAAAUCAAAUGGAUCCCGAGUUUGAUACUGCUAGGACCAGAUGGGCGAACGAUUAGCACAAAUGGGCGAGCGAUGAUUUCGUUAUAUGGUGCUCGUGGCUUCCCGUUUACUGAACCAAAGAUCUUGGAGAUAGAAGCUUCAUUAACGAUGGAAGGAGAUGGAUUGCGUCAAGAAGUUAAGGACUGUAAGCAUGAACACAUUCUUAAACUGGAGAUGCCCAAAGCAUACAUUUGUGAUUUCUGCAAGAAACGUGGGACGUUUUGGGCGUUUUCAUGUGAUGUUUGUGGCUACGAUCUUCAUCCAACGUGCAUAGAAGAAACCCUUUAGGAUAUGUCUACGUGUUCUAAUAGACUACUUAAUAGGACUUAAAUUUAGAGGACUAAACAAUUGUAUAUCAUGUAUAAAUGUAUUACAAUAAAUUUAUAUAACACUUCUGGGGCCGUAACAUGUUUUGUAGAAC